AUGCAAUCGCUAACGAAACAAAGUUACGUCAGAGACCACAAUCAACACAGUAAACCCAUCUAUCAGAGCCGAAACCAACAAGAUCAACCGACAUUACAACAAAAAAUAUUCCUAAAAGCCCUUGCUGGCAAUGCGGAGGUGUUCACUAUGUACACGAUUGUUCAUACAAUCGACACAAGUGCACUACUUGCGGAAUAUUUGGCCACAAAAAAGGCUACUGCAUAUUCAAUCGGAAGCAUCAUCGACGCAGUCACCACCAAACAUAUCGCUCUUCUGGCGUUCACAGCAUCGUCACAUCACGAGAAACCCGUCGACGACGCCGAUAUAACAAUAUUCAACUGA